AUGUACAAUAAUAAUAGUAAUAACAGUAAUAAUAAUAACAAUAAUAAUAAAAACAAUAAUAAUAUACCGAGUGAAUCUAAACAACAAUUAAUAUGUAGCGAAAAAUUUCAAAAUGCAAUUAAAGAUUUAAUACAAAUACAUUCAAAUGAUUUUUUAGCGAUAGAAGAAGAGUUUCAAACUCAAAAAACCAAAUGGAACGAUGAAAAAAAACAGUUAUUAGAAAUUAUAGAGAAACUCAAAGUUAAAAAUAAAGAAUUAAAACUAAUAUUAAUGCAACAACAUCAACUAGGCAAUAUUUCAAUGGAUUCAAUUAUAAAUUCUAGUUUUGGUAGUAAUAGCGAUAAUUUAACACCCAUCAGGGGAAAUGGGAUGAAUUUAAAUACAUCACCAGGUGUGUUUAAUAAAGACUCACAUAGAUACAAUAGCGACCGAAUAUUUGAUGAUUUUUUAUCACCCAGCACUCCUGCCUCCAAAUCUGCAUCCACUUCGCCCAUUUCAGCAAUUAAAAAAAAUAAUAAUAAUAAUAAAACUGAAAAAUCCCCUAAAGACACAAAGAAUACCACAAAUACAUCAACUAGUACACCUACCAAUAACACAUCUAAAAAAAGAAAAAAGAAAGAUACUGUCGAAGAAGAAAAAGAAUUGGACGAACUUGACCUCCCAAACGAGCAACCUCUGCAAUAUGACAACAAUAAUAACGAAAACAAUAACGAGAAUGAUAACGAUAACGACGACUUUGAUAUUUUUAAACCCAACAACAGCCAAAACAAUAACAUAAUAAUAGAUUUAGAUAAUGAAGAGAAUAACAACAUUAACAAACCCUCGUCUCAGUCAACCAUUAUAAAUAACCUCUCUAAACAAAGAAAUACAAAUAAAAAAAUUAAAAUUAAAGAAGUUAUUAGAAAUCAAGAAGAAAGGGAAAAAUUACAAGGUUUUGAUUGCGCCCAUUGCAAAGAGUUUUAUGAUGCAGUGUUGGGUGAUGACGAAUCAAAAAAAAAACAAAUGCUAAAUCAAUGCUCACGACAUAGACACAACGAUGAACCCCCCUCAACCCCUCCUGGUUUUUGGGAUUUCGAAUUUAAAUAA